GAGGGGCUGGCCUGAGGCCAGGGAAGUGGUUUGGAGCAGCCCUUCUGGGGUCGGGCUGGCCUGGGGUCAGGCUCCAGGAUAUGGGGGAUGCAAGAGGCAGGCCUUGAGGCAGCCCUGAUGGGCAGGUUUGGGGGCAAGAACGGGGUAGGUGGGUGGAGAGAAACUUCCUGGGAUAUCAGUCUCAGAGGGGUAGCUACGUUAGACUGUAACUUAAGAAAAAACAAGUAGUCUGUAGCACCGUGGAGAGGAAUAUUCUCUCUCGCUGUCUCACACACACACACACAGGAGGGACAGGCACAGCAGAGUCCUCAAGAUGCCGGGAAUGGUGAUAUUUGGGAGACGCUGGGCUAUUGCUAGUGAUGACUUUGUUUUUCCGGGAGCCUUUGAGCUUUUCAUCAGAGUGAUUUGGUGGAUUGGAAUUCUUGUUUUCUACUCCGUUCACAAAGGGAAAUUUAACUGUACUGGAGGGGGCUUAUUACACAGCUACCUGCUUGUCCUCCUCAUUCUCCUGGCUGCCAUAAUAUGUGCUGUAUGUACUAUUGUGUAUGUCAGUAUGCAAGGAACAAUUUCUAACCCUGGGCCAAGAAAAUCUCUUCCUAAACUGCUUUAUACUCGGCUAGCUCUUUAUAUCCCAGAAUUGGUCUGGGCAGUUGUGGGAGCGAUAUGGGUAUCAGACACUGAUGUACGUUGUGAAAGGACUGUGGUAAAUGCCGUAUUUGGGACAGUUAUUGCAAGCUGGGUUAUCAUCAUCUUCACCGUCGUUGCUGUUUUAAUCGUCUUUGAUCCACUUGGGGGGAAAAAGACACUAUACCUGGCUGACAAUAUAAAUCGCAACUUGGAAAGUAGUCAGUCAGGCCAAUUGUUUUAUAAUGUCAAGAAGACUGCAACCAGAGUCUGGGAGACAAGAAUCAGGUUACUGUGUUGUUGUAUUAUGCAAGAUGAUGAUCACCGAGUGGCUUUUACAAGUAUUGCAGAGCUUUUCCGUGACUACUUCUCAGACACUGAUCUGGUACCUAGUGACAUAGCAGCAGGCUUGACUCUGCUACAUCAAGAGCAAGAUAAAGUGGAAAACUGCUCAAAAGAGCCUGAAGAAAUCCUAUGUCAUACUCCGCUAUCUCAUGUGACUGAAGAUUUGGAUAUCGAAUUAGAAAAUGCUGCUCACUACAUGCAGUUUGCUGCAGCUGCUUAUGGAUGGCCCUACUACAUAUACACUAACCCAUUUACUGCACUCUGUAAGCUUAAUGGUGACUGUUGCAGAAACAGCCCAACAGAAUCUGAUAUAAUUGGCGAUGAUCGUCUUAACUUUCACUUUGGAUCUAUCCUACAAAUAACAGGGCUCCAGUACAGAGAUUUCAUUCAUAUCAGCUUUCAUAACAAGAUUUUCGAGAUUCCAUUUUUUGUUGCUUUGGAUCACAAAAAAGAAGCUAUUGUGGUUGCAGUGAGAGGAACCCUGUCUUUUGAGGAUAUCCUCACUGAUCUGUCAGCUGAUUGUGAAGACCUGACACUUGAAGAUGUCCUGGAAAAUGGUUUUGUACAUAAGGGGAUAACUCAAGCUGCAAAUUACAUCUACAGAAGGCUAAUAAAUGAUGGCAUUUUAAACCAUGCUUUCACCACUGCUCCUGAAUAUAAACUAGUUAUAGUCGGUCAUAGUUUAGGUGCUGGAACAGCUUCCAUAUUGGCCAUCAUGCUCAGAAAGUCCUUCCCAACAUUAAGAUGUUAUGCCUUUUCUCCUCCAGGAGGAUUGUUGAGCAAAUCACUUGCAGACUACUCUAAAUGCUUCAUUGUGUCAGUCAUUCUUGGAAAGGACCUUGUUGCAAGGUUAAGCAUGCCCAACAUGGAAGACCUGAAGAGAAGGAUAGUAAGAAUAGUUGCCAAUUGUACCAGGCCAAAGUACCAGAUCCUGCUGCAUGGGUGUUGGUAUGAAGUGUUUGGAGGAGGUCCAGAUAACUUUCCAACUGAGUUAGAUGGUAGAAGUCACAAUACCCUAACCCAGCCUCUUCUAGCUGAAGAGAGUUUAAUGAUGCAUCGGUCACCUUCUUACAGUGCCCUUGGGGAUGAAUCUCCUCUAAAUGCACCACCCCGGUAUCCUCAUCUUUAUCUCCCUGGAAAAAUCAUCCAUAUUGUAGAAGAAACCAGCUCAAAAAGGUGGUGUUCUUCUGAUGUCAAAUAUACUGCAAGAUGGUCAAAAGAAACCGCCUUUAGCAAUAUUUUAAUAAGUCCCAAGAUGGUAACCGAUCACAUGCCAGAUGUUGUGCUGAAAGCCCUGAACAACUUGACUGAGGAAAAAGCAUCUUGUGUUACGUGUCAAACAGAUGGAGACUUUCACACCAACAUAGUAUAGCUAGAGGUCUAAGAACUUUUUUUUUUCUUUAGGCUUCAAGUGUUCAGGAGCCUUUAACCUCAGACUUAAGUGGUGGUGUGGGAUUUUGUUUGUUUGUGUUUUUUAACAUGCCUAAAAUAGAAACUGGGAAGGAGGGGGUGUCUUGGUCACUGUCAUAAUGCAAAAUUCAUUUUACUUUGCAGAGGUUCUUCAGAAUUAAACAUUACUGGCUAACUGUAAUUAAGAUGGUUAAAAUGAAACAGAAGCAGAUAGGAGCUUUCUCGAAAUGAAACAGUGAGCACAGUCUUAGCCAGUUACAUGUAAAUUACUGUACCUUUUAUUUGAUAGUUGGAACGAUUCUGUUAAACCAAGAACACAACUCCUAAGAAGAUUGAACUAGAGCAGAGGAACCAUAACACCUAAAUGCUAAUUUCAGGUCUGCAACAGACUUACUGUUACCUUGAGAAUGUCACUUAACUAACUUCGUGCCUCUGUUUCACAUCAGUAAAAUGAGAGUAUUAACCCCUCUUUGCUAAGCACUGAGAUUCAUGUUUGAAAGGUGCUAUGCAAAAGCACAAUAGUAGGAAAUGGGCAUUCCUAGUAGCAAAUGAAGAAAUUGUAAAUCUAGUAUGAAGAGAGGGUUAAAAAACUUUCUAUUUUGUUUCAAUAGCCACUCUUAAUAUGCACUAGUUACCGCAGGUAUUUUCAGAAGGCAUCUUAUUUCAUGGCAAUCAAGUAAUCCAAACAUUACAUAAUUAUAACAAUGCUGCUUGGAUACAUGUGCAAUAUUUUUGUAUCUGAUUUUAUGCAUUUAACUCCACAAUGGGGGAAUAAUGGCAAAAGAAAUUCUUAAGGGGAAUGGACCAUUGUGUGCUCACUACACCUGAGACUAAUGACCUUCUGACUCUUACCUUCCACACAUUUGAUUCCAUUGGAGUGUCUAAGAAAACUUUGUAUGUACCAAUUUCACAACUCUACCUUUUAAAUUGUUCAUAAUGGUGAAUGUCUGAUUAAACUUGGUUGCUUUGUACAGAGCAAGUGAUCUUUUUGUAAAAAACCAUAUUUUGCUUGACAGUCCCUUACUGUAUUUUUUAAGAAGAAAUGUAGCCUGUGUGUGUAUUGGAGUAGUAAAGUUUGUUUUGAUAAGGUGCAAUAAAAUGUCUACUUGAAAGUG